AUGCUUAUCAACCACUUGAGUAAGAUCCGAACCGUAAGGCACUUUUCUAAUAUUAAACCCGUUUUAUCCAAGGAAGUUUCGCGACGAGUAAUUGUUGCACCUGCAUCACACUUCAAAACCUCCAGUCCAAAUGUGAAAAGUAACAUCCCUAUUCAUGAAUAUAAACAACUACCGGAAGAUUCUAACUACAUUGAAAAGCAUUAUAAGGAACUACAAGUAUUUUUGAAUGAGUUUUUGAUUAAGAAAUUAAACAAGACCUAUGCGGAUUUUGAAGGAGAUCCAGACGAGUUGGUAUUUCAAUUGGAAAAAUUCAUUGAACUAGAAGUUACUCCGAGAUACACAAAUCAUUCAGCACCUGAUGGUUGUGAAGAGAGAUUCAAAUCCAUCGGAGACAGGAUAGUCGUUGACCGCUAUUUAGAUUUUGUGAAAGAUGUCAGACUAACACUGCUGCUAAAUGGAGGACACUCCUUCAUAUUUGAUGUCAUGCUACAAGCCAAAGAAGUAUUUGACAAAAUGCAGAAAGAAUGA